ACAGUCCAGGAAUAUAAAGCCUUUGUCCGGCUUUUCCAAAUUAUUGGUGAGCCGAGCCGCGCCGUUACUUUUCAGGUUUAUCUGAGAACUUCUCACACAAUUUCUAACAAUGAGGGAGAUUGUUCACAUCCAGGCCGGGCAGUGCGGAAACCAAAUCGGUGCCAAGUUCUGGGAGGUGAUCAGUGAUGAACAUGGGAUCGACCCAACAGGAACCUACCAUGGAGACAGUGACCUGCAGCUGGACAGAAUCAGCGUCUACUAUAAUGAAGCUACAGGAGGUAAAUAUGUGCCAAGAGCUAUUCUAGUUGAUCUGGAGCCUGGCACCAUGGACUCUGUGCGUUCAGGACCCUUUGGACAGAUCUUCAGACCUGACAACUUUGUAUUUGGACAGAGCGGUGCUGGUAACAACUGGGCCAAGGGCCACUACACAGAAGGGGCGGAGCUUGUAGAUUCUGUUCUGGAUGUGGUCCGUAAGGAGUCUGAGAGCUGCGACUGCCUGCAGGGCUUUCAGCUCACUCACUCCCUGGGCGGGGGUACCGGGUCUGGCAUGGGUACCCUGCUGAUCAGCAAAAUCCGUGAAGAGUACCCAGACCGCAUCAUGAACACCUUCAGCGUGGUGCCUUCCCCAAAAGUCUCUGACACCGUAGUGGAGCCUUACAAUGCUACACUGUCUGUCCAUCAGCUGGUGGAGAACACAGACGAAACCUACUGCAUAGACAAUGAAGCCUUAUAUGAUAUCUGCUUCCGCACCCUCAAACUCACCACUCCCACAUACGGCGACCUCAACCAUCUGGUCUCGGCCACCAUGAGUGGCGUCACCACCUGCCUGCGCUUCCCCGGCCAGCUAAAUGCUGACCUCCGCAAAUUAGCCGUUAACAUGGUGCCCUUCCCCCGCCUGCACUUUUUCAUGCCCGGUUUCGCCCCUCUGACCAGCCGAGGCAGCCAGCAAUACCGCGCCCUCACCGUGCCUGAACUCACACAGCAAGUGUUUGACGCCAAGAACAUGAUGGCGGCUUGCGAUCCAAGACAUGGACGUUACCUGACCGUCGCCGCUGUGUUCCGUGGCCGCAUGUCUAUGAAGGAAGUCGACGAGCAGAUGCUGAACGUCCAGAACAAGAAUAGCAGCUACUUCGUGGAGUGGAUCCCCAACAACGUCAAAACCGCCGUCUGUGACAUUCCGCCUAGAGGUCUCAAAAUGGCCGUAACCUUCAUCGGCAACAGCACUGCUAUCCAAGAACUGUUCAAGCGUAUCUCCGAGCAGUUCACAGCCAUGUUUAGGCGCAAGGCUUUCCUCCACUGGUACACAGGAGAAGGGAUGGACGAGAUGGAAUUUACCGAGGCAGAGAGCAACAUGAAUGAUCUGGUAUCUGAGUACCAACAGUACCAGGACGCCACCGCCGAGGAGGAGGGCGAGUUUGACGAAGAGGCUGAGGAUGAUGCUUAAGGAGGAAAGGUGUUUGGGGAGGUGGUAGUGUGUCCAAGUUUGAGUAACAUGUAGCAAAACGUAUAUGGAACAAUUUUAGUGUCUCAAACAAAAUAGAAAUUAGCACUUGACAAACGGGGCCAAAAAUAAGCAGAGUAAGGCAGAAAGAAUGUUCUGAAACACGGAAUGGGUGAAUUACAGUGUUUACGAUUAUAAAUCAUUCACUUUUUUGUGUAUUUCUUUACCGUUCUGAUGGUCAGUUCCUCUCUGUAGAGAACGGGGAAGAAUAAAGUAGCAAAUAUCCAAAUGGAAUAAAAGUUACAAAUGGAAAAUGUCCACAAAAAACUCAAGUAAAAAUUAUUAUUAUAGUUUUUAAUGUUUGCUUUUGUUAUUAUUGCACUAGAACGAGGAACUCUGUGAGAUAAUGGCACUUCAAUGUGACCUCAGCAGGUCUAAUUGCAGUAUUUAUAGAUGUGUUUAGAAAAGUAUGUUGUGUGAAAGAUGAAGGAAAAGAAAAGUACUGUAAGAAAGACAAGAUUCAGAAUAAGGGUACUGAAUAUUAACCUCGCUUGGACGCCAGCCAACGUCUACAGGAGGAUGAGUAUGAUUAACAACAUGGACAGAAUAGGGAAGUAUUUUAGAUUUUGCAGAUGGAAAGAUGAAAGUUGAAUGGGUUGUUGGUGCAAAGUUUUAAUUCAUGGACUCUCAUAUAUGUGUAUAUGUUCUCAGCCCAUACUUUUAAGUGUUACUGCAUACUCUUACACAUUACAUAUUUUAAAUGUUUUGAUGUUCCUUGAUUGUCCCUAUGUGAAAAAACUGAGCCUCUGGAGAAAACCAAAAUAAAAAUGAAAACAAU